AUGGAUAAUACUUCCUAUGUAAAAGAAGAUCUUGCUAAAAAUGGCUUCUUGUUGGAAUCGAAUGAUGUUACAGUUACAUUGUUCCAUCGUCUUUUGAAAAACAAGUUGUUGUAUGUUUCUAGUAGUUAUAAGCGGGGCCAACGCAUCUCUUCAUUUGUGCAGUACCACAAACACUCUGUAGUAAAAUAUGGAAAUUUGGAUGUGUUUGUUAAAGUUACUUCUUUUGAAAAUGAGUGUGUAACUGUCAACCACAUUAUGAAAUGUAAACCCUCUGGUGAGGAUAAUGAUGUUAUAGACAUAUCUGAGAUAGAAACCAUAAUGUAUCUGAUUCACAUCAAUGAAGAAUCUUAUAUUGCUAAACCUUUGAAUGAUUUUGAAAUGGAGCUGCCCGCGCAGCUGGAGGCCGAGCUGGUGCACCCGGUGCUCGCCGUGUCCGCGCUGGUCCCCGCCAGCGUGGCGCUGCCGCCGGGCUCCAGUGAGCGGCCGGCGCUGCUCGCCGUCUCCUUCCUCCUCCACGUCGCCUUCCUCCUGUGCCUGCCGUCGCUGGCCGCCAACCUGGAGGGCGACGCCACGCCCCGUGCCCUGCUCGUGUACCGCGAUGUCGGGCUGCUGUUCCUGGUGGUGGCUCUCCAAUGGCUGCUGUCGCUGCGCCUCGCUUCGAGGACGAGGCCCCUGUCUUCCUGGUCGCAGUCCGUAGCCAGGGGGCUGUCCAUGCUCAGGACGCUCCUUCUUCUGCCUGUUCUGGCACCCGUCACCGCGCCCGUUUUCAAUAAGCCGCUCGACGAACAAAGCGUUCAAUUAUCAAAGAUUCUCGAUCGACUUACAUUUUUCGCAGUAUCGGCAAGUUACAUCGCUUUAGUCACCAUCGGCUUACAGUAAUAAAUGAAAAUGUACCUUC